AUGCAUUCGAUAGGUUCGAAACCCCGUAGGCCCUAUACAGCAGAUGCCAGCAGCUACGAUGAUGCACCUACUCGAGAUUGCAACCCGCCCGGGAGACCCGACCCCUGUGGAAUUGAACAACAACAAUCCCCUGGAGUGUGGCCUGUAAAAGCUGAAGGUGCAGAACUGGAGGUCCCCAAUGGUCGGGCACGAUCGACCGUGGCCCGUCGGCCCCUCCUCGACUUGGACGUAUGCCCUUCCUUUUCCGAGCAGCAGCCGGAGCGCACUAAGCCCCUCUUCCUGGACCGCCACAAUACGCUACAGCUUGUGCACGAAUCCCAACGGAUUGGGGCCUACAGCAGCAACAGCGCCACCACCAUCUCCUCCGACACUCCUAGCAGCAGUAGCAGCGGUAGCACCGGCACCAGCAAUGGUGGAUCGCCCGAGGCCGCCGCCGCUUCCACCGCACCCGCGUGCAGCCCCGUCAGCAUUGGCGCGGCCCCUGUCGCGUCCUACCUUCCCAGCUGGAACAUCGCGCGGAGCGAAUUGUGGAUGUUGGCGCAAAGAGCUCUCCUGAGCAGCCUGAACAUGCAGCCGCCAGGGGCACCGGAAAAGAACAUCCCCGCCACCGACCCCACAGCCGCCGCCCCCGCCGCCACCGCGUUCGGCGCCACCAGCGGCACCGCCACCAAGACCCCCUUCGCCUGUAUUUCCACCCAGGCAACUGUCACACAGCAGGCGCCAGGUCUGCGCAGUCUGUUCCGCAGCAUCACCUCCCGACAGCGCCGCGCCUGCCCCGCCACACCGCGCGGCAUGGGCCCGCUCCCCGCUGGGCCGCUGAUGCCCGCCUUCACGUUGGCCUCUUUGACGGCGGCGCAGCCUAGUGCUACUACAGCCAAAUCGCGAUCCGGCCCCUGGGCCAGCGCAGAUGCAGCGGAAUGUACGGACGGGGCGACGGAGGUAGAAGAAGCGCCGCUGUCCUUGGAAGUGGACUGGGAGAACGUUCUGAGUAUCAUUAUGAACACCGCCACCAUGGCAGCCGCGGAGGCGGUGCUGGGUCACGACGCGCCGGCGGCUUUACGUCGCCGCCUCCGGGAGCGGCUGCGGUGCACUCUGGCCGGUGCCUCGGUGAUGUGGUUCCUGCUGAACUUGCACACUACCUCCGACAUGCUCGCACACCUGGACUUCGAACACGAUUUCGUAACAAGCUCCAAAGUGUCCGGCUGCAUCCUCUUAGCGCCUUUGAGUUGUGACGAGCUGAGAAAGGAGGGAGGAAGUGUCUCCGUAUGUGCAUAUGCACGUGCUCGGCCACUGCACCAGCUAUGGGGCCUCCGAAUGAAACACACGAAGCGGGAGCAGCCGAGGGCGCGAAAUGCAAGAGUGUCGUAA